GCGCGCCCCGCCGCUUUUCCCUCUCCACACACACACACACACACCCUGUCGAGACGCCAACAUGGCGGGCGGGCGCCGCGGCGGUGGCGGUGGCCCGCGGCUGACGACGCUCCUGGUCGCCUGGCUGGUUCUGGCGGCGGCCGCCUCAGGCUCCGAGCAGGCCGCGGUGCCGGCGGAGCAGAGCCGGGUCCAGCCCAUGUCCGCUUCCAACUGGACGCUGGUGAUGGAGGGCGAGUGGAUGCUGAAAUUUUACGCCCCCUGGUGUCCGUCCUGUCAGCAGACGGAUUCGGAGUGGGAGACGUUCGCCAAGAAUGGAGAGGUCCUGCAGAUCAGCGUGGGGAAGGUGGAUGUCAUCCAAGAGCCGGGUCUCAGUGGCCGCUUCUUUGUCACUACUCUCCCAGCAUUUUUUCACGCAAAGGAUGGGAUAUUCCGCCGUUACCGGGGCCCAGGAAUCUUUGAAGACCUGCAGAAUUACAUCCUGGAGAAGAAAUGGCAAGCAGUUGAGCCUCUGACUGGCUGGAAAUCCCCAGCUUCUUUGACGAUGUCUGGAAUGGCUGGCCUUUUUAGCAUCUCUGGCAAGAUAUGGCAUCUUCACAAUUAUUUCACCGUGACCCUUGGGAUCCCUGCGUGGUGUUCUUACCUCUUUUUCAUCAUAGCAACCUUGGCUUUUGGCCUUCUCAUGGGUCUGAUCUUGGUGGUAAUAUCAGAAUGUUUCUAUGUGCCAAGGGAUCUGGCUGAACCUUCUGAGCAAGACCAGAGGUCAGAGGACACACGUAGGGCCGAACAGUUACAGGAUGCAGACGAGGAAAAGGAGGAUUCGAAUGAAGAAGAAAACAAAGACAGCCUUGGCGAUGACGAGGAAGAGAAGGAAGACCUUGCCGAUGAGGACGAAGCCGAGGAGGAGGAAGAGGAGGACCACCCAGCCGGCGAUGUGGAGGAGAGGAGGGACACCGCUGACCAGGGGCUCCUGAGACAGGGCGGACCUGAGGAGACUGCAGAGCCCGCCGAGCAGCCCCCUGCCCCGGAGGCUGCCCAAGACUCCUUGAGGCAGCGCAGAAGCCGGCCUGACACCAACGGGCCAUAGGAGUAAUGAUGUGAAUAUAGGCAGAAAAAAAAAAAGCAAAAACAAAAAGCCAGCCUCCUUCUGGUCUGCAGUUGAAACCAGAUUCUUAGUUUUUCUUUGAAAAGAUGACAUCUGGUCAUGCGGUCUCAGGCAAUGGGCUUCAGUCUCCUGAGGGGAAUCUUCCAGUGACGUCAGAAGGACAACAUGGUGUUGGGGUGUAUCUGGGAGCUUGGGGUGGGAAGGACACUGGCCUGAGGGGGCAGCCCUGUCCUCAUUGGGACCGUCUAGUAACAAGGCAGCCAGCCCCAUGAAUGAAGGCAGGGCAGUCUUUACUCCUGCGCAUGCUCACUGGCCCUGGGUGGCCGAGGUUUUGCUUCCUGUUUUUUUUUUUUUUUUGGCUAAGUAUUUAUUUUUUGCCAACCUGGAAGGAACCCUGGGUACUGCACUGCACAAACACUGUUUUAGAGAGAGAGACUUGUUAAGUGCCCUGGCUCCCUCAGUCUCCCUUGUUAGGUCAUGUCUUACCUCCUGGGUUUCUAUCUUUCCCACCUGGAGUCUGUGGGCUCCUCCGGGUCCUAAGAGCUCAUUCAGAUAGUAGCCGGCCCUGCACAGCCACAUUUACCCUGACUUAGGGGUGUUGAUGAUCGGUGCCCACAGCUCAUGAGGCCGUCAAUGCCAAGCAUUUAGGAUGAAAUGCUGUAACCUUCAGAGACUGAGAAGGAAAUCGAGAAUUUACAGGGCAGAAUUCUUUUGCUUUUGAGGAACUAAAAUGCCAUUUUUACCCCCCCGAAAGUCCUUUGACAGUGUUCUUUCUAAAGCCAAAAGUCUUGCCAGGACAAGGUAUUUUUGUGAGUUUGAUGUAACAUUGUUUUGGUUCCAUUUUAAGAGGCUCCCUGGCUCUUACACCACUUUAGUAUAAUUGAGAAACCAUUUCUUAUUUCCUUGACUGCUAUAUUUCUGCUGAAAAUAUUAAUGGAAGUCAGCAUCUGGAAGUGAAAGAUUUGGUUUCGUUUCUGUCUUCCUUAAUCUGUUAGAGAACUGUAUCUUUAUAAAUCUCUCAAUACUCAAUAUAUUCCAAGUACCCGGGGAGCCCAACCUCUUUUAAAAAUUCUAUCCGUCCACUUCCCUCUUACCUGAUUUAUGUCUUAGGGUAAAUUCAUAAAAUUAGAUUCUCAGUGUAUGAAAACUCUGAAAGUCAACCUGUGUCCCUUGGGUCCAGACAGAAUAAUGAGAAGUGCAGGUUUAUGAAAUUCAAAGGGCGUUUCAUCUUUAAAGAGCAAUAUGCAGUAUACCCCUGCCUGCCCGUGUAGUAACGCUUUCCUGGUGUCAGCUGUGAGCGUGGGGCUCCCUGGUGAUGGGUGCAGGUUCUGAAACUCUGUCCUCCCGUGGUUAAAGGAGACCACUGCAGACUUUGCACAAAGGAAGGUUUUAGAUUACUUUUCAUCUUUUUAGCUAGCUGUUUUUAGCCCCAGUGUACUGUUGCCAUUGAGUGUGCCCUCCACAGUGUCACUCUGGUUGGAGGCCCGAGGCCAUCACAGCGCUGUGACCAGGGAGCCCUGGCUGGUGCCCGUGUCCUGCCCGAGGACGCAUCCUUAUGCAGAGUGCCACUGCUUUCAGGUGCUUCUUCCUCCCGGAUGCCAGCACACUUCCCUGGGUCAGAGGUCAAAUGGUUCUGCCCUUCUGUCAUUGAAUUUCUUUAAAUCUGCUGAAGUAAAAUUUUCAAAGGAAACUAAGUUCACAGGCAUGGUAAAUUUUUCAGGGUUGACUUUCCUGUGUAAUCUCUGCUUAUACACUUUAAGUAUGUACUAUUAAUUAUUUAGAAAACUAUUUUGCAAAGGGAGGAAGGAAUAAAGAAUACACAUUUUACUUUUGCUUUAAAAAAAAAAGAUUUUAUUUGAAAUGCAGAGUUAGAGAGAAGAGACAGAGAAAAUCUUUCCUUCUGCUGGUUCACUCUGCAAAUGGCCAUAGGGGCCAUUUUGUGGUGGUAUAGCUAGCUAAUCCUCCACUUGUGGCACCAACACCCCAUGGGGCACUUGUUUGAGUUCCAGCUGCCCCAUUUCCAAUCUAGUUUCCUGAUUAUGGCCUAGGAAAGCAGUGGACAAUGGCUUAAGUCAUUGUGUUGCUACUCCCCUGUGGAAGAAGCUCCUAGCUCCCAGUUUAGGAUCUGCUCAGUUCCAGCCGUUGUGGCCAUUGAGAAGUAAGCCAGCAGAUGGAAGGGCUUUCUCUGUCUCCUUCUGUCCCUCUGUUUAAUCUGCCUUUCAAACACACAUAACUAAAAGCAUGUAUUAACAUCCAUUACACAUUUGUGGGCCACACAGUGAUGUUUCCCGUCACUUGUAUACAGUGUCUACUUGUCAAAUUUGUGUUUCCCUUGAUUUGACAUUACUUUAUGAUUGGGGCUCUGGAUCACCCAACUUUGCUAGGUUUAACAUAAAGUAUCUUAAUUUUCAUUUUUAUUCUGAAAGGCAGAAAGAAACCCUUCUAUAUGUUGGUUUACUCCCACAAUGCCAGAAGGCCAGGCCCCUGCCUCACUUGCUGCCUGUUAUCUGAGUGACAGGGAAGUGAAACACUUGACCAGCGAGCACAUUAGCAGGAAGCAGAAUCAGAAGCAGAGGAGCUGUGGUUCACACCAGGCGCCCAAUGGGAAAGGCAGGUGUCGUGAGGCGGGCCCUGUAGCCGCUCUGUUAGAUGUGUGCCAGUUCUAGUUGUUCCCAAAAUAGUCUCUAACAUUAGAAUUGAAAAAGCAACUCGCAAUUUUAAAUGGAGAUGGAAAAAAAAAGUCUCUUGGGGAAACAGGAGUUAUCAAAGUUUAAAUAUUGGUAAUUUUUAAAGAUUUUCUUCCUUUAUUUUUGAAGCACCCUAACAAAAGGUAAUUCUUUUACAAAAUAGUUGCUGUUUACACACUUAAUUUAUGUCCAUUGGAAGCCUUUGAGUUUGUUUUCAAUACUUGCUGAGUAUGAAACUCAAGGAGAAAGAUCAGUGUGUAAUUUAAACUUAAAAUUUGAUUGGUAGGACUUUGUAGGAUUUUCCUGUGGAUACUGUAUUUAAUAUAAAUAACCAGGACAAAGAAACCAUGAUUUUAAAAGCCAAGGGGAAUCAUGAGUCCUCCUAUUGCAACAUCAGUUAUUUCAUUACAGAAUGGCAUUUAGUGAACACUAGGUAAGUGAAGUGAAAUUAACUACAAAACGAAAGUGGAUUUUGGAAUGGAGGUGCACAGUGGUUCGUUAUGUACGGGUAGUUGGAACGGAGCACCUUGUCACUGACAAGGAAAGUCUGAAGCUCCUUUUAUUUUCAUUUCUUGCUAGGUGUUAAAGCUGUCUACCUUGAUUAGAUAUAUUUAUACUGCAGCAGCAUACAGACAGUUUUCACUUCUUACUUUCUCUGGGAAAUACAGUAACUGAAUGGGCUGAGGGACAAAGCCCAUUCAGUCACUGCAGCUUUACUGCACAGGCACUGAAUCUUGUGCACAUGACCCCUGUUUUACUUUAUGGUCCUCUCUAUAUGCACAAAAAAAUUUCAAAAUAACUAUUGUAGACAAAAAGUAAGCAUUCUUAGAUAGAGCAGCUUGGCUUUUGACAAUGGAAAAAGCCAGAGAUGGACUUUGCAUGGUCCAAACUUCUGGAUAGCUUAUGACGUUGCUACGUGAUCUGGGUGUAUGUCAGUGUUCUAAACUUGCAGUCUGUACCACCUUUGGUGUAGAUGAUGAAACCCUUUGGAAAGCAAAUGCUUGCCGUGGGACAUUCAAGUCCUAGAAAGUGGCACUGGCCUGUUGCUUCACAGGAUGGAAAACAUUAAGCAGCCCAAAGAAAAAAAAUUAAAAACGUGGAACAGUUAGGGCAGCUGUGACAGGUCACUAUACAGCCUUAGAGGCAGAGCCUGGUGCUUGCGCUCGUGUGUCUCAGUGUGUGAUCACUGUCCGUGAGCUCGGAGCUGCAGUGCUGUUUCUGUCACUAGUAUACCUGGGCUUGACUCAUCACGUCAAACAUACCGACAUCUUGAAAAGUGUGCCGGUAAACCUUUUGUGUCAGUGCAAGAGCACCUUUGUGUAGUCACUGUUUUCCUCAUUCCUGCAGUUGGAUGGCUUGUCCUCAAGAGGCAGGCGUGAGCCUAGCAGGUCUGAUGCUGCCUGCGGGGGCAGCUUCGUGCAUUCCCAAAGCACGAAGUCGCGGGAAAGGCCUUUGAGCGCAUCAGCCCAGGACAUGGCCGGGAGAUGAUUUACUCUCAAAAAUGGUGAUGUGGACUAUGGUACUGUGUAUUUGUGACUCGUUCAGCUCUGACCUGUCUCCGGUGUAGUUUAAUCAGAUUUUUAUUAGAUGGCUUCUUCGUGGAAAUGCAACUU